CCACGAUGAGCUCAUCCGACGCCUUACAGGCUUUGCGCCAGGCAAUCAAAUCUAAGACACCCGUAAAAUACUCAAAUGGCUCAGGCUCGACAGACUCGCUGCAGUCUGCAACGCACUUCAUACUCUCGCCGUCGGUGACACUGCCCAAGUCGACGCCAACUCGCCUGCGCAAGCCUGGGUUGACGUCCACAGACCCGUCGACAAAUCCAAGGGACUUUUUCACUCUCGACGCGGUGUACUUUUCAUGGCUGCUCAAGGACAUGUCAGGCGCGGAAUACAUGAAGCAGGCGAGGGAGAGCGGCCUCGCGGUCGGGUUCGUUAGUAUCACGGAGCGGAAGAGCGUCGUGGAUUGGCUGGAAGGCAAGACGAGUGACCUGCAGAACAUUGUACCCGCUAUUUGUGAGUCUCAAGCACCAGAAUCCACAACGCCCCCAGGUUCACCCCCUCGUGGUGCGACUGCUCUACCGUCGACGCCUCGCGCACCGCGGCAAAUGGACUCUCAGGCCUCUCCCACGAAGCGGAAGCAUAUGCCUGACCUUGCAGAUGUCGAAGUGGUCAAGAAAAUCAAGCUCGGAGAGAUUGAACUUCGCGAUAGGAAUACUGUCCUACACGGUGUCAAGCCCAAUAAUUUCAGCAGCGUAAAGACUGCUUUUGCUGAUAAGCUCAAGAAACUUAAGGAGACGAAUAAGGGCGGGCCUGUUACAACGCCACAAACACCUGACCCCAAGUUGCAAGCAAAGAAAGCUCGCAACCUCUACCCGAUUAUUAUAAUCUCCUCGUCACCGACGUCUCUCGUCACGAUGCACAACGUCAAGCGUUUCCUGCAAGAUGCCUUCUUUGAAACCCCCCACGAUGCGCGCGCACGUGCGGCAACGGAGGGCAACCCUCGCGCGGAAGACGUGAUCGCCAUUUACCGCAGGCGGACAACAAUCGACAGCUCAGGGCGGGAGACUGAGACGCAGAUGCGGUACUUUGUCGUGGACUCUGCCGAAGCGCUGUCGAAGUUCGGCCAGGAUGCAUGGGACCGGGUGGUCUGUGUGAUGACGACUGGCCAGGCAUGGCAGUUUAAGCCAUAUAAGUGGAACGAUCCAAAGGUGCUUUUCCACCAUGUAAGAGGCUUCUACAUCUCCCUCACGACUGACCCGCCAAAUCCAAAAAUUAAAGACUGGAAUGUCACGGAACUGAAGAUUGACCCGAAUAGACGUCACGUCGACAAGUCCACCGUAGCGCAAUUCUGGAAGACGCUGGACGCAUGGACGAUGGCCAACAAGCCAUGGAUCAUGAAGACGUAGCACUUCUACUCUCGCUGUAUCAUAGUCGCCUGCUUUCCACAAUAUUCCCUUCUAUCUGGUAGACAAUUGUUGAACAUGGCAGCCAGAAUGUCAUUCAGACAUUUC